AGCAGCAGGAAGCCUGGCCAUGCUUUUACAAUUGUGGCUGCGGCCCUGUUUCAGCCACUGCGGUGUGUCAUUGGCUGCGCGACUGUGGCUAUGAUGUCAUGUAUCACGAAAUGCAUCAAUUGAUGUGCCUGGCUGAUGUCAUGGCUACGUCGACAGAAUAUCGAUUGAACAUCGAUUGAUGACAAUAAGAACGAGAUAAAUAAUAACUGCACGUCUCACUCAAUUCCAACUUCAACUUUGAAAUCCAAAACACUACCAACGUUAACCAACAUCUUCAACUUAAGACUGACCAUCUACAACUUCAACCAUCAUGUCUUCAGACGGUACUUCCUCUUCCACGGUUAAGUCCUACGUCGACUCUGCCGUCGGCGCAGCUCAGAGCGUUGUCUCAUCUGUGACCGGUAACACGGCUGACCAGGUACUAACACCUCCCCUCCACGUCUCUGCACACCCAUCUAACCAUCCUCAGAAGCAAGCCGAAGCCACCAAAGCCCAGGCCGAGCAAGAGUACCGAGACUCGCACACCACCGCCAAGCUGGGCCCUGCCACAGUGGACCCCAACACCGGUGCAGCCGUCAAGAACAACGAGGACCGCACCGCCGGCUCCUGGAAUCAGACCAUCGGCGCCGCCAAGGAGUCUGUCGGCAACUUCAUCGGCAACGAGAACCUUCGCCAGGCCGGAAUCCAGCAAAACGCAGACGGCAAGACCCAGGAGGCGUCGGGCCAGCUUUCAGAUUUGGGCCAGGGCAUUACCGAUCGUGCCCAGGGUGCGUUGGGAAACGUCGGUGCCGCGAUCACUGGUGACCGUGAAACCCAGGCGAAGUGGCAGGAUGUGCACGACCAAGGAAAGGCUCGUCAGCGUGGUGUAGAGGCGGAUCUGCAGAAGUGAAGUGCAGAAAAGAAGCUGACGGUCUUAAAUCACGAUGCCGACGUCUUUUCUUUAGUAUUCUCGAUUGCUUGUUAUAGCGUUUUUACGAGAUAUCCCAGGUUUAACGAAGCUUCUCAUGAUUUCGAAGAUGAUGUUGAAAGAUGAUUUUGACGAGGGGAGAUGCCUUACAGUGCUUUUCCAGAUUCAAGUGUACAGUAGCUCAGAAAUAAAUUACUUUUAUUCUACAAUCGAAACUUUGUUCAAAGUUGUAGUGGAGACAUCCAUUAUGCUUCGUUUUGAAAUAUCUAUACAAUAGUCC